AUGAGUGCUUAUGCUGCUUUGAAGGAUAAUUCAUCUAUAUCUUCAAUAUUUCAUGAAUCUGCUGACGGAGAAGAUGAUGCAAUUAUAGGAUAUCAACAAAACUCAUCGGAUGAAGAUGAAGAUGUGAUAAUAAAUUAUGAAGAACCUCUGAUAUCAACAAAUACAGCCACUCCACAACCUCCAUCCAACAGUCCUAUAUCUCAAGUGGUUUCGUCUCGAUUUUCACCAAAUAAUGAUAACAUCAUCCUUAAAGAAAAUUACAUAAUUAUAGGGUUAAAAGUUCAUGAAUAUCUUGUUAUAAAUGGCCAAUUUAAAUUAAAUAUCCAACGUGGAGCUAUACUAAUGAACAACUUUCAUUAUUUGCAUGCAAGAAGAAACCAUGACUAUACUAUAAGUGCACCCUCUUCUCAUUCAUUACCAAUCAUUGCAAGUACUCAGGUUCUUGAUAGAUCAAAAAUUGAAGAUAAUAUUUACGAUGAAAAUGCUCAUCUAUUUUCAAGUGAUUAUAAAUCAGUUAUAAAGCUCAGUAGUUUCUACACAGGUCUAGAAAGUAUUGGAAAGUACUAUUCCCCCUUUAAAAGAUUGUUCUUCGACCCAUAUAACGAUGAUAUUGUCAUUAAUAGUUACGAUAAAAUCUUCACAAACUACUCUUUUGAAAUUCUUUUCCAAGAUAAAAGAAUGAUAGGAUUAAAUAUUGACAAGUCAUGGGCAGAGUCUAUCGAAUCUAUACAGGAUGAGAUAAAGGAUGAUUAUACACCGAAAUUAUUUAUGGCUAUAGGAACCAAAAAUAGCGGAAAAUCAACAUUAAAUAAAACAUUAAUAAAUGCACUCUUGACUGAAGGCAUUGCUUCCACAACAAUUUCAUAUCUCGAUUUAGAUCCUGGACAACCUGAAAUUUCAAAACCUUAUUCAUUAUCAUUAUCAAGAAUUCUGAAUCCAAAUUUUGGUAUGAGUAUACCAUCUAUAACACAUACAGAGUCUUCCAUAGAACAAUAUUUUGGGUACACAUCGCCUGUACAUAGACCGACCCAAUAUAUUUCCAUCAUAAGAAGCUUGUUUAACCAUUAUAAAUCUAACAACAAGCAGAUGGGUGACCACUUAAUUAUAAAUACUCCAGGUUGGAUUAAAGGAUAUGGAAGAGAGAUUUUGACAGAGCUUACAUCUUUCAUAAAUCCUGAUUAUUUAAUUGUACUUUCAAAUAGUUUAGAUGAUACGAAUAAGGACAAUGUUGAUUUAAUCAAAGAUCUCACCUUCAAGAAAUCAAAGUUCAUGCAGGGUGUUUAUCAAGCUUCUAAGUAUCUACCAGCACAACUUCGAACUUUGAACAAGUUAGUUUAUUUUCAUCAACUGGCAACCUUGGAAUUUAAUUUUAAUCAUCACAUUUUGAAUAAUUCUCCCUUUAAACUAUCAUAUGAAACUUCGAGUUCCCCGGACUCAUUCGUAGGCGUCAAUGCAGUUUCAAUUCUAAAUUUUGAUGUAUCAAAUGAUUUCAAUUACGAAGAUUUGCCGCUCAUGCUAGAGUCGUCUAUUAUGGGAAUAUAUGCUAUAGACCAUGAAUAUUUUUAUGCGUCUUCUAAGCUAUUUCAUAAAUCACCUUCACAAGACAAUCUUCCUGUUUAUUUGUCAAGUUCCAAUUUUGAUCAACUUGCUUCCUACAACGAUGUUCAAAAGUUUAAAUAUAUGGGAUUGACCAUGAUUCAUAGUAUCAACAGAUUGGAGAACUUCUUCAAUGUGUAUCUUCCAGAAACAUUAAUGACUGACUUAAAAGAACUUCUACUUCAAGGAAUUAAGUUGGUUUUAGUCAGAGGUGAAGGGGAGCUUGCAAGUCCUGAAAUCCUCAAUCCGGCAUUGAUCUUAAAAAAAGGUAAAGAGCUCAAGCGCCUUAAAAGCAAUAAGUUGAAAGGAAACUCUCCGGUAGUUGAAUCUACUUUGACAGUUCCACAUGUCAGUUUUGAGAGUAAAAGUAAAGUAGGUGGAGUGUGGAGAGUUAGAAGAAAUGUUCAACGUAGGAGUCAGAAAAGAUAG